CCGCGACGGUGGGCUCACGGUCUAUCGUAUCUAUUGAGCGCUUACAGUGUGCAGAGCACUGGAAUAAGCGCUUGGAUGAAGGGGCAACGCCCGGGCGGAGCCGGCAGGCUCGCGGGGGCGGCGGAGCCCCACGACGGCUUUGCCAGGACGGUGGGCACGGCCUCCUCCUCCUCCUUCUCCUCCUCCUCCUCCUCCUCUUAACGCCUAGGAAGGAAUGGAGCGGAGGGAGUCGGCGGGCAGCUGAGGCGGACCGGAGGGGACGGGACCGGACGGGGCGGCCGCCCGCCGGCCGCGGACAUGCUGCAGCUGCAGGCCGGCGUCGGGGCGGCGAGGCUGCCGCGCAAGAGGCCCUACAUCUGCAACAUCUGCCUGAAGCACUUCGAGACGCCGUCGAAGCUGGCCCGCCACUACCUGAUCCACACGGGCCAGAAGCCCUUCGAGUGCCACGUGUGCCGCAAGACCUUCCGCCAGCUCGUGCACCUGGAGCGGCACCAGCUGACCCACAAGCUGCCCCACAAGUGCGGCGUGUGCCAGCGGCUCUUCCGCAGCCCGGCCGCCUUCCUGAAGCACCAGCAGCUGCACGGCGGGACCUGCCAGGGCCCCGCGGACCCGGCGGGCUGCGCGGGGGGCUGCGCGGCGGGCCGGCGGGGGGCCCCGGAGGAGCGCUGGCUCCCGCCCUGCGCCCCCUGCGCCCCCUGCGCCCCCUGCGCCCCCUGCGCCCUGCCCGACCGCCGCCACGCCUGCUGCCCGGCCCGGCGGAGGAGGAGGCCCCACGGCUGCGACACCUGCAGCAAGGUGUUCCCGUCCCGCUCCAAGCUGGAGCGGCACCAGCUGAUCCACAGCGGGCAGAAGCCCUUCGCCUGCCCCCUGUGCGCUAAGGCGUUCCGCCAGGCCACCCACCUGAAGAUCCACCAGCUGACCCACACGGAGGAGCGGCCCUUCCGCUGCGGCCUCUGCCACAAGGGCUUCAAGGUGCAGGGCAAGCUGCUGAAGCACCGGCAGGUCCACGCCAGGAGCCGGGCCCUGCAGCCGGCCGGCCCGCUGGGGGCCCGGGCCGGCCCGCUGGGGGCCCGGGCCGGCCGGGGACGCCCCCGGCCCCCGCCCGCCGGCGAGCCCCCGGACGCCCACUCCGUCUACAUCGUCCCCUUCCAGUGCCCCGGCUGCGAGCAGUCGUUCGAGUCGGAGCCGGCCCUGCGCGGGCACCGCUGCGGCCGGCCGGCGGGGAGGGGGCCGCGGCCUCGGGGCCGGCGCCCGGGCCGGGGCCGGGCCCGGCGCCGGCGGGCGGGGGAGAAGGCGCCGGACGCCCUGCGGGCGGAGCGGCGGAGGCCGAAGACGGGCCCCCCGUGGGACGGCGGCCCCGCGGCCGCGCCCCCCGGGGAGCCCGACCCGGCCGCCUCGCCCAAGGCGUUCAAGAACCUGCACGGCGCCAGGCUCGGGCCCCGCCGGCCCCUCGGCGGCAAGAGGAGGAAGAGGCCCGUGGGACCGACGCCGCCGGACCCCGGCCCGCCGGCGGCCCCGCCCCUGGACGGCCUGGACGUGAUCCCCUGGACGGUGGCGGCGCCGCCCGUGGACCCCCACGGCCGCGCCCGGGCCUGCCAGUGCGACCGCUGCGAGAAGGCCUUCCCCUCCACCUCCAAGCUGCAGCGCCACUACCUGAUCCACACGGGCCAGAAGCCCUUCGCCUGCGCCCUGUGCGGGAAGUCCUUCCGCCAGUCCGCCCACCUGAAGCGGCACCAGCUGACCCACGCGGAGAGGCGGACGUGCGACAGCCCCGCCUGCCGCCUGGCGCACGGCGGCGAGGGCCCCGCCCGCCGCCCGGUUCUGCCGGGCCCCUCGCGGGGCCCGAGGCGGGGGGCGGGGGCCGGGCCCCGGGGGCUCGAGGGGGUCAGGGUGUACCAGUGCAGCGUCUGCGCCAAGAGCUUCAAGUCCCCGUCCAAGCUGGAGCGCCAUUACCUCAUUCACGCCGGCCAGAAGCCGUUCGAGUGCUCCUCCUGCGGCAAGACCUUCCGCCAGGCGCCCCACUGGAAGCGCCACCAGCUGACCCACCUGAAGGACCGGCCCCGGCCCCACGGGGACCCCCUGCUGUGACCGGCCCCUCCUCUCCCCCGCGCCGCCCCGGGCGGGACCGGCCGUCCCCGGGCCGGGGCAGGGGGCCGGUCUGCGUCGUAGCCGGCGUCUCUGCCCCUCCGACCGCCCUCCCUCCCCUCCCCUAA